UUGUGGACCAAUGCGAGCGACUAUUUCGGUAAUAACGCGCGACUAAGCAAAUGGUAUUUGGAUUUAGGGUUUGGAAAGUUGCGGCAACCCGUCGAUCAUUACGAUUGGCGAGACCUGAGCGGCGUGGCAGUGGUGAACGCCUACUACCAUCAGCUCAAGAACCUGGUGGUCAUGCCGGCCGGCAUACUUCAGGGAGUCUUUUUCCAUAAGGAUCGACCCAAUUACCUAAACUACGGGUCCAUAGCCUACGUGUCGGGCCAUGAGAUCAUACACGGCUUCGACGACGGGGGCCGACAGUACGACCAGAAGGGAAACCUGAGGAACUGGUGGGACGCGAGCACCGACACCCUAUACAAACAAAAGGCCGACUGCUUUAUCAGCCAAUACGCCAAUUUCACUGUCAAGGAAGUGGGCCAACACUUGAAUGGCAUCAACACUCAGGGGGAGAACAUCGCCGAUAAUGGAGGGGUCAUCCAGUCGUAUAGGGCGUAUCAAAAUUAUGUGCGCAAAAAUGGUGUGGAGUUACCGCUACCGGCGCUCAACCUGAGUCCCGACCAACUGUUUUGGGUGAGCUCUGCCGUACAGUACUGUUCCAAAGCCACCGACCAGUAUCUGGCGCUUCAGGUGAUGACCGAUAGCCACAGCCCCAGUAGACAGAGAGUGAAUGGAGUGGUAUCUAAUUCCGAGGACUUCUCCCGAUUAUUCAACUGCCCAUUGGGUGCGCCUAUGAAUCCGGUGGACAAUGAAAACUGGUCCCAAACCCUCUGA